UCUUCCCAAGCAUACCAAGUGCUGCUACGGAGGACCAACCGCAUGCUUGAGCACGAGCCGCACCGCUCCUGGAGGAAAUGGAGACGGCCGUCCUGAGAGGCCGGGGACUCUCGGGGAGGCCGCUGUACUCGGCCUUCGCAUGUCGAUGGUCAUGGCGUCCCCAUUCGCGUCCCUAUUCGCGGCACCGUUCGCGUCCUUUGCCUUACCCUGAGAUCUCGCCCGCCAAAGGGGACAUGCUGGACCUUUAUGAGAAGGCCAGCCUUGACGUCUACGAUAUCCGCAAGCGUUUGUGGCCGAACAAGAGGCAGGCAAGGUUGCAGAUGCCUAGUAAACCGUGCCGAACCCGCUUUGCGCCCUCGCCGACCGGCUACUUGCACCUGGGCUCGCUGCGCACGGCCUUGUUCAACUAUCUGUUCGCCAGGGCAACCUGUGGCCAGUUUGUGCUGCGCAUUGAGGACACAGACCAGAAGCGCCUGGUGCCGGACGCAGAACAGAGACUGUAUGAAGACCUCAGGUGGGCCGGCCUGUCAUGGGACGAAGGUCCCGACCUCGAGACUUCAAACGGGCCAUACAGACAAUCUGAAAGGCUGCAUAUCUACAAAGAGCACGCCGAACUGCUCUUGUCGCAGGGCAAAGCAUACAAAUGCUUCUGCCCGCCCGAGACGUCGAAACAAAAUGAAACAGCAGCCAGCGAGACGUCGGAACAAAAUGAAACAGCAGCCAGCGAGACGCCGCAACCCAUUCGCGAGCCCUGCUCGUGCCGCUUCAUGACGCCCCGGGAGUUAGAUGAUCGUGCCCGCAACGGGGAGCAGUUCGCCAUCAGAUUCUUGAGCGCCCGGCGGCCGGUCUGGAUCGAGGACUUGGUUUACGGCUCCUUCUCGUGCCAGCACCCCUCGGAUGACUUCAUCAUCCUGAAGCGCGAUGGUUUCCCCACAUACCACUUGGCCAACGUCGUCGACGACCGCCUUAUGAAGAUCACCCACGUCAUCCGGGGAGCUGUAUGUCGGCCAGUCUUCCUCCCCCCUGUGAGCGAGUCGAACCGACUGACCGUCUCCUCACUGCAAACAGGAGUGGCUCAUCUCAACACCAAAGCACGUUGAGUUGUACAACGCCUUUGGAUGGCAGCCUCCCCAGUUCGCUCACAUCGGCCUGCUUGUGGACCGCCACCGGCAGAAGCUCAGCAAGCGCGAGAACUCGGCCAACAUGGCUUGGUAUCAGCAGCACCACAUCCUCCCAUCUGCUCUCCUUAACUUUGCCGUCCUGUUAG